CUAGGUGAACUAGGGGUCCCACUAUGAUGCACUCGGGAUGGGGGGAAAAUGGUGGAAAUUUACAUAUUGAAUUGAAUGAACAUGGUCAAGUUAUUGGAUCAGAAGGAACUAGAUUGAGUUCAAAACUUGGUGUGCUAGCACGAAAUGGCAUCUUAGCACCACUGAAUCAUAAAGAUUGGAGGCUUGUACCUAGUAUGUACAAGGAUAGAAUAUGGGCUCAUAUCAAGGAAAAUACUGACGCAACUGAUGACAUGAAGCGCAUACUGAUGAUGUCAUUUGGAUCUAAAUGGAAAGAAUCAAAGCAUGAAGCAAAAACCAUUGAAUAUGACCCAUAUAACACUGAUAUUGAGCGUUUAGCUCAUUGUCCAGAUAGAGUUGAAGAAGAUCAGUGUCAUUCAUUAGUUCAUUAUUGGAGCUCAAAAGAAGCAAAGAAACAAAUGGAUGAUCUUGCCGAGGUGUAUCCUAAGUUGAAUGUCCCUGGAAGUGCUCCUAAUGAUGUGUACUCCCAAGUAAUGGGAUCAGACACUCAUGGAAUUGUCCGAACUCUAGGAAAAGGAGCAUCUCCUAGCUUAGUAUAUGGCCUCGUAUAUAAACGAUCUCAAGCUAAAAAAAGAGAUUUUGAUACAAGGGUUGAGAUGGAAGUUCAAAAAGUUACCUUAGCUAUGAAAAUUGAGAUGAUAGAGAAGAUGUAUGAAGCAAAAAAAGAGAUGGAAGCGAUGGAUAAAAAGUUGUUAGAAGCGAAAGAGGAAGCAAAAGAGAAUAAUGAAGUGAUGGAGAGAAAAUUAUCGGAAGCAAAAAUGGAUAUGGAAGAAAUUAUAGCGGAUAAGGUGAAGGAAGGAAUACAAGCAUAUGUAGAGUCUUUGGGAAUUAAUAUUGAUGCAAAUUUAAAAUCAGAGCAGGUUCCUGAUAACCCACUUAAAGAUUGUCAACAACCAUCAUCACUUGUUCCAGCUGUUCACACAAGAAAGGCUAACAUGAUCAAGAAGACUGGAACUACCGUAGUUGGCACAAAUAACAUAUUAGCUAUCACAAAACCCAACAUAUAG